AUGGGACAAAACGAUAAGGAUGUGUGCAAGUCGGACCGAUGCUGUUGCCAACUUAUAUCAAAAUGCGAGGAAAAACCUAAGCCACGAAAAAAUGUGUGCGGCGGACGUGAGGAACGAACCGAAAUGAGUAUAUGCGAUUUCUUAAAAUCACAACCGAUUCCGGAAUGGAUCAAAGUGAGCAGCGGGCGUCCUCAGCAUGGGCGUAAUCCAUGUGCCGAGGUAAAUGAUUCAAAAGACAGACAGCGUGGUCCGUGCGGACAGGCACCUCCGGCGUCGAACUGCAGCUCUGGCAAAAACCGCACAACCUAUGUACAUCGGCCGAAACCCGAACCGGAGUGGGUACGAUCGUCGGAACAGCUCUGCUUGCCGAACAACGGUGGAAUGAAUCAAUCUCAGCACCGUCACCAGAACGAUCAGCGUUCGCAACCAUCUAUCUGUGAUACAGAAGACCGCCAACUAUCACAGAUCAUCAUCAACUUCGGGACGGUGGUGACCAGCGACUCAGGUCAGCAGACCAAUUCGGAAGUCCAGGAAGUUCCGUUGGAGAAAAAGCGACGAACAUGUAAGACCACCGCCCGUCCACAGCAAGAUCGUUCAAGCUGUACACGCGGGCCUGUCGAUCGUUCGACCUCCACCUGUCCACCUUCUGAACGUUCGACCUCUUCCUGUCAACCGCCUGAACGACCAAUCCCCACCUGCCCACCAGAGCGUUCAAGUUGUACACGUGCCCCAGCCGAUCGUCCAAACCCCACCUGUCCGCCGCCAGAUCGUCCAAGCUGUACACGCGGGCCUGCUGAUCGUUCGACUUCUACCUGUCCAACAGAGCGUUCAAGUUGUACACGUGCCCCAGCCGAUCGUCCAAACCCCACCUGUCCACCGCCAGAUCGUUCAAGCUGUACACGCGGGUCUGCCGAUCGUUCGACUUCUACCUGUCAAACAGAGCGUUCAAGCUGUACACGUGCGCAACCCGAUCGUACAACUUCUACCUGUCCACCACCCGAACGUUCAAGUUGUACACGAACCCCAGCCGAUCGUCCAAUACCCACCUGUCCAUCAGAGCGUUCAAGUUGUCCACGUGCCCCAGCCGAUCGUUCAACACGCGGUUCAGGUGCGCCAACUGAUCGUACCAACUCUUCUUGUCCACUGGCCGGUCAUUCGUCUUUUACUCUACCACAAGCAUCUUCGACCUUUAUACGUCCAUCGACGGAUCGGUCGAAUUUCGCAUGUCCGCAGGCUGAUCGGAACAAUCGUUCAAUAAGUACACGUUCGCCGCCUGAUUGGUCAACAUCUACCCGUUCACUGGCAGAUCGUUCGAACUCCGUCCGUCCACCUAACGUUCGUCCUCCCAACGUCCGUCCACCUAACGUCCGUCCAUAUGGGAUGGAAUCUAAUACGACGACGCGGGAAUCUUACAGUCGGUACCAAGAAAACCACCCAAGUACUCAACAGAGAGCCCAUUCUGAAUCUGGGAUGAAGUCAAAGACGUCGUCAUGUUAUUGCGAUAAUGGCAACUCGGACUACUAG